CAACAAACCUCUGGGAGCUUCGUAAUUCCGACUUCCACGUACUCCCCCUUCCAGACAAAACAAACCAAGCCUAUUCAACACAAACUACGGAAAUAAAUAAAUAUAAUAUAAUGUAAAAUCCCCAUACUGCCCCUCAUUUCUUGAUGCAAUGUGUCGUAUUCUCUGCGUCUUCUCUAACAAGCCUCCGGUCGUAAUGAUAAAAUACAUUGGAGACAGAGAGAGAGAGAGUGUGUGUGUGUGUGUGUGUUGCUGCUGCUGCUGGCACUAGAGACAACAGCAGCUUCGCUUCUUCCUCAAGCCAAACCCACAAUUUCUUUUUUCUUCUUUCUUUAUCCUUUUCAAAUCUUAGUUGCUGAUUUGUAGUUCCGCCAUUAAAAGCUUUCACAGGUUACACUUCCUUUCGUCUUCUCAAUUCUCACGGAAAAGUAAUCCUCCCUUUAUCUGAAACCCACCCCUAUAAAAUCCACCCACAUUUGCUAUUCUUCUUCACGUUAUUCAAUCCAACUCUCAUUGCAAUGGCCAGACUUCCCCUUCUCUGCACUUUCAUGCUCUUCCUCUGUCUGGUUCAUCCUAAUUUCAAUUUGCAUGUAUCCGCAAUGCUGGAUCCACUUGACUUUUUAGCACUUCAAUCCAUUCGGAAGGCUUUGAAAGACAUGCCAGGCUCUAAUUUUUUUGCUUCCUGGGAUUUCACUUCCGAUCCCUGCAAUUUCGCCGGCGUUUCCUGUCAAUCCAACAAGGUCGUCACUCUCAAUCUUGGAGACCCCAGGGCUGGUUCACCUGGCUUAAUUGGUCGAUUAGACCUCUCCAUUGGUAAGCUCUCUGCCUUGGCCGAGUUCUCCGUGGUUCCAGGUCGGAUCUACGGUCCUCUUCCAGAAACACUCUCUCAAUUGAAGAACCUGCGUUUCCUCGCCAUCAGCCGCAACUUAAUCUCCGGCCAGAUCCCGGCGGGUCUCGGCGGCCUACGCAAGCUUAAGACACUGGACCUGAGCUACAAUCAACUGAGCGGACAAAUUCCUCGCCCCAUCGGAACGCUACCCGCAUUAUCCAACCUCAUUCUCUGCCACAACCGUCUGACGGGUCCGCUUCCUCUUUUCCUUUCACGAACCCUAACUCGUCUCGACUUGAAGCAUAACGCGCUCUCCGGUUGGCUUGGUCCAAACUCCCUUCCCCCCACCCUCCAAUAUCUCUCACUCUCUUGGAACCGCCUGGGUGGCUCUGUGGACCGCCUCCUGACUCGGCUGGACCAGUUGAACUAUCUGGACCUCAGCUUGAACCAGUUCACCGGCACAAUCCCCGGCCGUCUAUUCACAUUCCCCAUCACCUCCCUUCAAUUGCAACGCAACCAGUUCUCGGGGCAUGUGGAACCGGUGAAUCACGUUUCAAUCACCACCGUUGAUCUGAGUUACAACAAGUUGUCGGGCCCCAUAUCCCCAUUCUUCUCCACCGUACAGAAUUUGUAUCUGAACAACAAUGCGUUUAGUGGUCGGGUACCAGCUUGCUUCGUCCAACGCCUCCUCUCUGCUAAUAUACAGAUACUAUAUUUACAGCACAAUUAUUUGACUGGCAUAGAAAUUAAUCCGACGGCUGAGAUUCCACUGAGCAGUUCCUUGUGCUUGCAAUACAACUGUAUGGUGCCUCCCGUACAGACUCCAUGCCCGUUGAAGGCAGGAAAGCAGAAGACCAGGCCUCGACAGCAGUGCAACGAAUGGAGAGGCUAGCCCUACAAAACCUUACACGUGGCAUCCAGGGCAUAAUGGGAAACAAAUUUUGCAUUCAUCUUAAUUUCAUUAAAGUUCUUUUUUUCCUUUUUUUCCCCUUUUUUUGGGUGUAGUCGUGGACUGUGGACUGUGGGGGUAAAGACUUAAAGUAAAACUAAAAAAUGUGAAUAAUCGAACAUAUUUGUAAUGUGGAAAUGCAGUUUUGGAAAUCCUAUCAAUUUUAAUAUUAUUUAUUAUCAUUAUAUUAUUGGAAGAUAAA